AUGAGCAAGACUUCAGCCAAGGUUGCCAUUUUGACCGGCGCUGCGUCAGGGAUGGGCGAGGCCCUUGCCCGCGACUUAGUGAGCAAGGAUUGGCACGUCGCAUGUCUGGACGUCCAAAAGCAAGCCGGCGAGGCACUUGUAGCCGAAUUGGGCAACAAUUGCAUCUUUAUUCAAUGUGAUAUCGCCGAUUAUGACCAACAAGCCAAGGCGUGUACAGAGGUAUGGGAUAAAUAUGGCCGCCUGGACGCGCUGCUCGCCAAUGCGGGUAUUGUCGACAAGAGCUCGAUCUACAUCCUGGAUUGGCGAGGCAAGGAUGAGAUACCGCCGAAGCCCAACACCGCGUGUACGGAUAUUGACUAUAAGGCUAUUUUGUAUGGCGUCCAACUCGCCAUUCACUUCAUGCGAAAGAAUCCUACACCAGGAGGACAGAUCAUCGCCACGUCCAGCAUUGCUGCAGUCGUGAACCUUGCACUUUGCAUAGAGCCUAUCCUUCGCAUGAAGGAGAACAUUUCUAUAAACGUGGUCCUUCCAGGAAUCGUUCCUACCAAGAUCAUUCCCCAGUCGAUGAUCGAUGCGGUCAGCUCAGAAUGCCUGACCCCGGCGUCGACAAUUGUAUCUGCUUACAAUCACUUCUUAGACAACCCAACGGUUAGUGGACAGGUGGUGGAGUGUUCGACGGACAAGCACUUCUUCCUUCCUCGGCCAGAGCUGGCGAAUGGCCGCUUUACGAAGAGAGCGAUAACCGUGUGGGAUCCUUUGUUCAAGAUGUUGCACCACGAAGGUUCGGGACUUCCAGAUGCCAUUCCUUAG